AUGGCCUCUUCGUCCUCACCCUCCAACCCCGCGUCGCCACAGCCGCCGCCUCUGCUGCUGCCCCCGCCGGAGCCUGCAUCUGCGCCCGCGCCUCCACCGCCGCUGCCGGAUGCCAGGCCCAGGCCCAGGCCCAGGCCGAGCCCCACCGUCGCCGAUGGCGUCCGCGGCCUGCUCAGGUCCGGCAAGGCGCUCAUCCGCGCCGUCUUCUUCGGGGGUAACUCCGGCCAGCCGCGACUUCCCGUGAAGCAUCAGCAGCAUCACCUUCACCUUCACCACCAGCAGCAGCAGCACCCGCAUAACCGCCCUGGUGAUAUCAUGAAGCGCAUACAAAGAGAAACAUUUUCCGAUGUCAUGAAAUUCAAGGAGAAACAUGAUCAGAUCGAACACAUCCUUUCGUUGUAUAAAACUGGCAAAGGGUUUGAGUUCCUAGAUCUCCCUAUCCAGGUGAAAAUAGCACUUGAUGCGGUUGGGGCACUGUUUCUUGUCGACCGUACUGAAUUCGAACAAGCAAAAGCAACCCUUGACAAGGUGGGGAGAAGAACGGGCCUCAGUUCAAGGUUCGUUUUUGAGUCAAAGACCAGGGGCAAAGACACAAUUGCUGCAGAGCUCUCAACUCAGCUUGGAGCAGGUGGCCAUUUGGGGAGACCUGUAGAGCUGACUAGGCUGCAGUACAGUGCUCGGAUCAACAAAUGGCUGUCGAUGACCUUAGUCCCGUUUGGAGCCCGGUGCAACAACUUCUUGCAUAGUUCAAGCAUGAUUCAGAAUCUACGGAUUCAAGCCUCUUUCGACGGUCCACCUUCAUUUUUCGACCAUCACAACUGCGGUGCUGGUUUGAGAAUCGAAGGGUCCAAAUUCACCGCCUCCUUUGCUGAGCUAAUCUUCGGUUCAGGAGGACUAGACAGUGGGGGCGGAGGAACUAACCGCAUGACAACAUUCGGGCAAGUGUCCUGCAAACCAACCAAUGAUGUCAAGCUCAGUUUGUCGGGAAUUUGGCAGGUCCACUCAUUGUCGCCCCGGUUCAACAAUCUCGGAAUCCUUGCUAUUCCACUAGGCAGCCUAAAACCAGAAAACCCCACCGUAAGCUGUGCAGAACAUACAGAAUUGAGUGUGAAGUUCAACAAUCAGACUGAUGUCAGUGCCACUUCACACACCGUAGUGGCAGUGCACGGUGCCUCUCCCUCUGUGCAGCUACCGCAGUCGAUGGCGCUGAUGGUGGACUGCGAGCUUUAUGAAACUCUCAGGACAGAGGGGUGGUUUCAGAUGGAGAGGUCCAACCAUGGACCAGUGCGCUGGGGCUUUACCUUGUCCGACAUCCCAGAUAAUGAACUCGGGUGGGGCGUGAAGGUGAGCGGCGGCACGGCUGAAGAGAAGAGGAGGAAUCAGCUGCAGCGCCUAGUACUGGAAGGAUUCCUCAACUUCAACGUUGGUAAGGGCGCGAGGCUGCAACCAGGACUUGUGUAUGCCAAAAUGGAGGGUAAGAUGACGCCAGCGCUGUUUCUGCGCUCGUCGUGGGCCAUGUGA